AUGGCCAUACGCAGGUUGGCUGACGCUGAGUCCUGGAUCUCGCCACAGUUUGUCCUCUCUGCUGACCAAAGGGAGCAGCUUGUCACGGCUUACAAGCAUGCCAUCGUUCUCCUUCCUCGGAUCGCGGCUUUCGACCUGGGUACGAGCGCGCAGCUUCUCGCCUUGAGGGAAACGUUGCAAGCGGACGACAUUGUCGCGCACUGUGCUAGCCAUCUGCUUGCACUUGGUCGAUCGGAGGAAGCUGUCGAGAUACUCGAAGCAGGCCGUGCAGUCAUAUGGUCGCAGGCUCUCCGCCUCAGGACGUCAGUUGACAACCUGAAAGUCGUUAACGCGGACCUUGCAGACAAACUUCGUUCUAUAAGUCAACAAUUGAAGACAUCUUUUGGAGGAAGUCAGACCUUGAUCACGGACGACGCAUCGUCUAUCUUGUCUGCCAUGGACCAAGAGUACUACAGGACACAGAAUGAGGCCUUGCGUAGUGACCGUGAGGCUGCACGGCGCCGUGAUCUCAGUGCUUCGUUUUCCGCGACUUUGUCGGAAGCGCGCAGCAUACCUGGGUUCGAGCUACUCAUGCUCAAUGAGACGUAUAGCAGUCUUUCUCGAGCAGCUUCGUGCGGGCCGGUUGUGAUGCUUGUACACCAGUAUGCCAUUGUUGUUGCAUCUCCGGACCAAAGGCCUAUCCAUGUGCGAAUCUCUGUACCAAAGGUUGAUCUUCAAAAACUCCAGAACGUAUUAAACCCAAGAAACGCUCUUCAAGAAAGGAGCGCCACGAUGACGCGAGAAGGGAUUGAAUAUGUGCAGUACGUCGAGGCCCCCAUCUUUCACUUCCUACUAGCCGGUCUUGAUAGUUACACUUCUAGCGGAACGGAGCAGACAUUCUCUGACAACAGUCUAAACGAAUCGAAUGCAGACCGAUAUAUCAAGAAACACCGAUCGAAAGCCCUCGACCCAUACUUUGAACAGCUAGCUAAGCUAUGGGUGAUGAUCGUCAAGCCCGUCGUCGAGACUCUUGGUCUCACGAAAUCAUCCGGUAUCCAUCGUCCCAGGGUCUGGUGGUGUCCAACCGCCGAAUUUAGUUUCCUACCACUGCACGCUGCCGGAGUGUAUCAUCCUCAGAGGAAAGACAGCGUCAUCGAAUCGUGCUCAGAUUAUAUGGUCUCUUCUUAUACACCCACCCUGGCUGCCCUAAUCUCUGCAAGACGUAAUCUCAAGACGAUACCUCUAUCGGAAGUCAAGAUCAUGCCUGUGGCAGUCCCGAAUGCACCCAAACUACUACCACUCAAGAAUACAUCUGUCGAAAUCGACAUCAUAUCGCGCAUAGUGCCUCCGUCAUCAAUACUUCCACAAGACAGUGCUGCACCCACCGUCCGUAGUAUCAUCACGGCUCUUUCGGCUUCCGAUCCAUCUCUAUCACCCUCCAUCCUUCAUCUUGCGUGCCACGGACAGCAAGACCCUCGCGAUGCUCUGGAAAGCGGAUUCGCUAUGCAGGACGGGCUUCUUACGAUAUCUAAACUCAUGCAAAUCGAGAUGCCUAAUGCCUUCUUCGCAUUUCUAAGCGCAUGCGGGUCUGCGAUGGGAGACAGGCGUCAGCCUCAUGAGACGGUGCACCUGGCUGCUUCGAUGCUCUUCGUAGGGUUCAGAAGUGUGCUUGCGACGAUGUGGCCAAUGGCUGACGCGGAUGGACCAAAGGUGGCUCGCGUUGUUUAUGAAGCAAUAUUCAAGACAGAGGACAACGAAUCGACCUCUACUCUGGAGAUUGACCUCGAUUCAAUUGCAUAUGGGCUUGAUGAAGCGCUGCGAGGUCAACGUCCCGUCAUGUUUGCGUAA